CACAGCAUCUUUCAUUCAAAAAAUAUGCAGGUUUAUAAAAUUACAGAGAAAAUUAAGCAAGGUGACAUUCACUAUAUUAAAACAUUUCUUAAAGAAAAUCCAGAUAAAAUCAACCAAACAAAUUCUUGGGGUCUGACUUACCUGAUGGUUGCUUGUCAACAAGGCAACACAGAUUUAAUAAAUUUGUUGAUUGAUGCUGGGGCUGAUUUAGACAUGAGUGACAAAGGUGGAAACACAGCUUUACAUUAUGCUGUGACGAACCACCAACGAGAUGCUGUGGCCCUCAUGAUUUCCAGGCAAGCUAAUGUCAACAGUCAGAAUUUCCGAGGCAACAGUCCUCUCCAUCGGGUAGUGAAGGAGAAGGACUGGAAAGAUGUGUUAGAAGUCCUAUUAAAUACCCGUGGAAAAUACAUAUUACAGAUCAACCAACAAAAUAGCAAUGGUGACACCCCUCUGCAUCUGGCUUGUCAUUGGGGACACAUGGACAUCAUUCAUAAAUUACUGCAGCAGUCUUACAUUAAUGUCAACGUGGUGGACAAUAAAGGCGACAUGCCUCUACAUCUGGCCUGCCGUGGUGGACAGACAGACAUCGUUUACUUGUUACUGCAGUCUAACUCUGUUGCGAAUGUGGGUAACAUCAAUGGUUACACACCUCUACAUUGGGCCUGUCGUGGUGGCUACAUAGACAUUGUUCACCUAUUACUACAGAUGCCAGACCCUGCUGUUAAUGUGGGGGACAUUAAAUAUGGUUACACACCUCUACACUGGGCUUGCCUUGGUGGACACACAGACAUCGUUCACUUAUUACUGUUGCUCUCUAAGCCUGAUGUCCAUGUCGUGGACAGUGCCGGUAACACACCUCUACAUGUGGCAGUUCUAUGGCAACGUUAUGAUAUACUGACUUUAAUGCUGUCCCAGGAUUCGGUGAAACUGGAUCUCAAGAAUCGUAACAAAAUGACACCAUUGCUUCUAGCUGUCUCCGGAGGGCAUCUUGGAAUGAUCCACACCUUAAUUUCCAAAAGAGCAAGCAUACAUGCUGUUGAUGGUGGUGGUAAUAAUUGUAUGCAUCUUGCUGUGGAGAAAAAGGUGUUUCAUUCUGAGGGUGAACACUUAGAUAUUUUAGAUGAGUUCUGCUUGAAAUUCUCUUUGAGUAAGAAAGACAGGCUCUCUGGUACAGUAGUCGCUAGCUAUCUUGCUUAUCAGGGAGCCAACUUUUACCAUAAAAACAGUGAGAAUGUGACCCCACUGGACCUCAUUAAGAAUUUGCAUUUAAAAGAGCAAAUACAAGCAUUUUUCCCACCACCGCAAUUACCAUGUCUAAUAUGUGAAGAUAAAGAGGCCACUGUAACAUUCCAGCCCUGUGAACAUACUGUGAUGUGUGAGGAAUGUUGUUCCAAAAUUAAGCGUAAAACCUGCCCCCAGUGUCGACAACCUGUAGCUGGCAAGAGUGGAUUUGAUGGAUCCCAAGCGGACGACCAAACCACGUGUACAUGUACAAUAUGUAUGGAGCGGCGUUGGAACAUGGUCUUUGAAUGUGGCCAUACCACUUGUAAAGAAUGUGGAGAACGACUUCACAAGUGUCAUUUGUGUAGGAAACAAAUUGAGAAAAAGAUUAUUAUUAUUAAACAUUGAUCAACCGUU